AGUCGUAGUCUCGGCGCAGUCGACUCGUUCCGCCCGAAACCGAGCAUUCGUUUUCGCAUUCGGCACGCGAGACCAGCUCCAUUCACGGCACCGACCUGCUCGAAAACCACCCCCGCGCGUACUCCUCGGGCUAGAAGGAAGCUCGGGCCCCGAUUCCAGGCGGAUUUUUUCGGAUCGUGGUCGCCGAGGGCUGAUCGAAGCGGAGAGGAGCGAGCGACGCCGCCGCGGCGUCUCGAAACUCGGUCGCGGAGCCAGGCGUGUCUCUCUCUCGCUCUCUCUCGCGCGCGCUCUCUCUCUCUCCCUUCGGAAGGAUCGGCCUGGGUGGCCCUGAAAGCAACAGGGGUGACCGUCGGUGGUUGUCGACAGGGGUGGUUCGUCGGAGUUCGUCUCUCGUCUUGCUCGCGUCUACGUUUUCGCUCGCGCGAGCGAAGACGUUUCUCGUCGCAAUCCUCCCCGGCUCUGAUCGGCAUGCUCUGAGCCUGGCCGACCGAGGGUGAACCCGGGCUGUUCGUCGAUCAGAGUGCUGCUGGAUUAUGCGUGAUCGCGGAAGCGCGGAAGUGAGGUAAAAGUGUUUUUUCGGGGCAAAAGCGGCCCGGCGAGCGAGGGGGCUCCGGGACUCGAGCAACAGGAAAAUACAAGCUCGAUGCCGGAGGCUUCGGGGUCUCGGGUGACCGACGAGCCGAUUCUUUACGAGAAUAAGAACGUCUUGGCGGAAGACAUGAAGUUUCUGGCUGGAAUGCCGGAACUUUGCGACGUCACGUUCCUCGUCGGUGACACCAGAGAGCCAGUAUGCGCUGUCAAGGCUGUCCUAGCUGCGAGAAGCAGGGUGUUUCACAAGAUGCUGUACCAAGCGCCGAGCCCGCAGCGCAAGAAAGAUCCGCCGACACGCGAGAACAAGAUCCGCAUGUUCCUGAAAAGAAGCUCGGAGCCGCUGUUGAAUCUGCAGAACGCGGCGCAACAGCGGUCAGGGUUCACGCAGCAGUUGGCUCCCAUUCAAGAGCCGAAUCAGCACACAACUUUAAUCAUCGAGGAGUUCGAGGCGGACGUCUUCCGGCAAGUGAUCGAAUACAUUCACACCGGUUGCAUCAUGCUGCAGCCUAGGACAUUGCUAGGGGUGAUGAAUGCUGCGGAUUACUACGGCUUGAACCAGCUGAGAAGUGCCUGUGCUGGAUUCGCUCAGUGUUGCAUAACAGUGGACACCGUGUGCGCUCUGUUGGCAUCUGCGGAGCGAUACAUUCAGUACAAAUGUACUAAAUCAUUGGUUCAGAAGGUACUGGAAUUCGUCGACGAGCAUGGCAACGAAGUGCUGAACUUGGGAUCCUUCACUUUGCUGCCUCAACACGUGGUCCUGUUGAUCCUGGCGAGGGAGGAACUGCGCGCUGACGAGUUCACCAAGUUUCAAGCGGCCUUGAUGUGGAGCAAGAAAUUCUGCGACAGCAAUCAGACCGCGAUCCUGAAGGACGUGAUCGCCAUCUUCCUCGAAUACAUCCAGUUCCAUAAGAUUCCAACAAACGUGCUGAUGAAGGAGAUCCACCCGCUGGAUCUGGUGCCGUCUGGGAUCAUCAUGAAAGCGCUGGCCUAUCAGGCAGACCCGAGCAGUGUCGAACCGGAACACUCCCCCCACAGAGUGAGGCGGACGGACCGCACCUUGUCGGUGCAGUCCUCCCCGGACCAGUACGACAGCAAGACGACACUGAGCUCGAGCGGUUCUGACGCCGGCUCCGAUCAGAAGCAGCAUUCAGGUAAAAACAGCACAGCCGAGCAGGAAUCGAUCGGGGAGCAGAGCCAGUCGCAGCAGCACCACCACCAGCAGCAGCAGCAACACCAGUCGCGGCAGGAGCCGAAGACCCAGAAGCAACAGGAGGAAGAAGAGGACCUGCAGCAAAAGAUCAGGAUCCAGCUGCAGAUGCUCAGGCAGGAGUUAGAGAUGAAGCGGCAGAUAGAGGAAGCGAAGAUACACGAGCGGGAGGAGGAGCUGAAGAGGCAGCAGCAGGCCGACGAGGCCAAGGAGAAAGACGGGGACUCGAAGGAUGGUAAAAAGGAGAAGGACAAGCGGAAGAAGAGCAAGAAGUCGAAGAAGGAGCUGAAGAAGGAGCUGAAGAAGAGGGAGCAAGAGGAGGCGAAGGAGCUGAAGAGGCAGCAGGAGGAGCAGGAGAUGCUGAAGAAACUGGAGGCGGAUAUCAUGAAGAAGCAGAAGGAGGAGGAGGAGUACAUGAAGAGUAGACAGAAGGAGGAGAUGAUCAAGACCAGGCAAAGGGAGGACGAGAUGUGGACCAGGCAGAAGGAGGAAGAGCUGAGGAAGCAGGAGAAGCUGGCGAUGCAGCAGGAGCAGAUUGAGAAAUCGAGGCAGAAAGAGGAAGAAGAAGCUAGGAGGCAACAGGAGGACGCGGCCAAAGUUCGGGAAGACAAAGAGAAGUCGGAGGAGAGGUCCGCCGCUCCGGAAGAGGUUCCCAAGGAGCCGGAGGACGCGUCCGAGUCGAAGGAGCUGCCGAGGCAGAACGAGAGAGAGAAGGAGGAACAACAAAAGCUUCGGAGAGACAUGCGGCUGCAGUUGCAGUUGCAGGACCUGAAGCAGUAUUCGGUUCUGCAGCAGCAGCUGGAGCUACAGAAGCAGGAGGAAGCGUUGCUCAGGCAGAUAGAGGAGAAGCGGAGGGAGGAGCUGCGAGAGGCUCCGGAGUUUCAGCUGUUCCAAUUGUACCUCGAAGGCCGGAAGCCCGAAGCCGAGAAACGCGCGGAGGAACGACAGGCGAAGGAGCUCGAGCGGAAGGAGAAGAAGAAGAAAGAGGACAGGGUGAAGGUGCGCGUGAAGAAACCGGAGGCCCAGAAGCGGGACCAGCAGGACCACCAGCCGCAGGAGCUGCCGGUCGCUGCUCCCAGGGAAGGAGUCAGCGGCUUCUACAUCAGAUUGGUGGUAACGCAAGGGGGCGGCAGGAACUUGAUUUGGCUCCUGAAGACGCACAUGUUCUGAACAAUAGCUUACGUUCGAGAGUCUAUUCUGGUUUGCCACUGUUGAAACCUGUCAACGGAUUUGUUAUUUCCGCCGUGGAAAACUGUUCCAGAGUAUAAAACAGGAUUAUCCUUCGAAGAAACGAGGAUCGAAGAUGUUUAUGCUUGUUCGUUGACGCGGAUGGUGGGCCGACGCUUCUGCGGACGCCUCGCAUCCUUCGAUCCGUUUAUGGGAAUCGUCGGGGCGUUUUCGGCUGCACAGCUGGACAGCCGCACGGUUCCAUGGUUGUUGGACGUCGUUGUCGGAGAGGCAAGCGACUGGAAGCAUAUGGAAGCAAACGCGUUCUGUUAACAAUGAUUCAUUUAUCCUCGAGAGAAGGGGGGCGUUCGUUUCAAUGUCCUUCGAUUGAUCCAUUUAACUCGAGUUUUCAGGAUCAAAAUUGGAUCAAAGUUGGAUCAAAGUUGACCUUCUUUUUUAACCGGUUCCAGUCGAAACCGACGGAACUUUUCGAUUACCAAACUUCCCCUGGAAUACUUCAUCAUCGGCUGUAGUAAUCCUUUUUUUCCGUCGAACGUGGGAAGUACCGAUCGACGAGCACUCCCGAAUGAGACAAGAUUCAUCGGAGGUUCAUAUUAUGUAUUCGUUUUGGGAACGCGAUUCGUUUUUGUUCUACACGCCAGUGUACAUCUUUUUUAUCGAAGCGUUCGUGGAAACACGUUCACGUCCAUCGAACGGAACCUUCGAACCGAAACGUCCUCGUCGUUUUUCUACUCUCUCUCGCGUUGACUAAAAAAAAAAAACCCUCGUCAUUAGCGGCACUAUACUUAACGAAAUUUUUACCGGAACAUUGGAUUCUCCGCGUCGCGUUACCCGGAACGAUGGUCUCUGCGGAGCGCCGAGAACCAGCUCGCCGAGAAUCGUUCGAAGCUGCGACUAAUCGCCCGCGAUGAUAUAUAUUUUAUCACAGACAUCGAUCGCAGAUCCGAUCGCGUGUGGACACGACGGAGCGACGAGAGGACAGUGAUACGCUGGUCGACGAUGUUAUUGUUAAACACUUUUACUAUAGGACAUAUCCAUCGAUUACCGUGAAUUAUGUAUGUCGAUGAACCGCAAAAAAAGACUAACCGUGCGCGUACAUGUAUCCGUACGAGCACGCCCGCUCGUAUAUAUAUGUACGGCUGUAUAUCUAUAUUUGAUACUAUACUAAAUGAACAAAUAGAGUGUUUAUAGGCUCGUGUUGCUUCCGGGCGAGGCACUCGAGAACUUUAGCUGGUUCGACAAAAAUGACAAACGAUUCCUCGAGACGCAGGCCAAUUUUUCCUCGGUUACCGUUUUCGUUCGAACGACGCGACGUCGAUCCGAGUCGCAGACUCGGUGUGUAUCUUGUUUUCUCGCUUAGAAAGUAUGCAAAUCGAACGCUUUCCUACGAUACUUUUUUUCUACGUUUUUCUAUCGUACCUUUUAUUGAGACACACUGUUGCUUCGGACGCGCCUUGUCUCGACGUUCCAGGCGCGCGACGUUUCUUUCGCCGUUUUCGAUCUCCGACGAGAUCGCUUCGUUAUUGUGAACGCCAUGUGGUUUAUGGGAACUUGUUAAUGGAAAUUUGGAUGUGUAUAUAUGUAUAUGUAUAAUAGUAACGUUUAACCGACAGACAGCUGGGAGAAAGAUCUGCAGAAAUUUUAUCGCUGUUUCCGAGAAGUUCUGUUUGGAAUUGUGUCUAAAAAAUAUGUUGGAGUUUAUAGGAUCGUUCGUUUAACAACGUGUGCGAUAAUUUUAGUCAAAAGAAUGCUUGUUGAAAAGAUUUAAAUAACUUUACGAAACGCCUCGUUCGCGUUGAAUAUUAUCGUUGAUUUAUGAUGUUCGGGAAUCGAUUCUGUGAACAUGUUUUUCCUCGGCUGUCGUUGCAGAAGAAAUUGUUUAAAAAACAAAAAAACAAAAACGUGGAUUAAAUCAGAGUGUUUAUAAACGUUGUUGAUCGAUGUAAUUACUCGGCGUCGACGAGAGGCACGAUGUGACAAUUUCUAAGAUCUCAAUUUGUUUAAACAGCGAGCGCGGUGUGAGAACAAAACGGGAACGUGGAUGUUAAUAAUUAUAUGAUAACCGGUCGCCGAACGUGGCGAUCGCACGUAUUGUGAACAAAGUACUUACGUGUGAUGUGGUGCGAACGUGUAUGAUUGAUGUUUUCCGUAUUUGUGCAACGGCAAAUGUUCUUCGAACGAAGCACAGUUUUACGGAGGACGCGGUACGUGCUCCAUCGAACUGGCUUUUCUAGUUGAAUUCGUCCAAUUGUUUGUCAUUAAUUCGUUUCUUCAACGUUUACGCAGAAUACAAUGCAUUCUGCGAAGCGCCUGACGUGAAUCAAAGAUUUUGGAACAAGAUUCAUGCCGAGGUAAGCGAAUAAGUUGUAUAAUUCCUUAAGGAAUAUAAGAGUGCAGAAUUUUUCUGUUGCGGAUAAGACUAAAGUACAAUUUAAUGAUUUUAUCAUCGGGAAAAUUAACGAAACUCUUCUAUGAAUUAUAAAAGACUGAAAGUAUAAAGUACAAUUUAUUUCCUCAGGUUCUCAGUGCUUUUUCGUUUUCGCUUGGACAACGAAUGCCGUCGUCCGAGCAAAAUCGUUUGUUGUAUAUAUAUAAAAGAAAAUUGUUGCUGUUAACGGUUAUUUUAGACGGUCGUGGCAUAUUCGACAGAACAUUUGCGAUAGUUUUUACGCGCGUAUCGUGUACAGCCGGUUUCACGAACAUAAAUUGUAAUCGAAAGCUGCUACGAAUAUAGAGAAAGAAAUGAAAAGCGAAAAAACCAGAAAAAUUUAAAAAAAAAAUACAAAGUCGUCUUUGCAACAGCUGUGCAAUUAUCUGUGCAAUCUCCGUGCAACGUUGCGCCGAAUGACGCAGCGGGUUCGUUGUUAGCGUGUAAAACGUGUCGUAUGUAAAUAAGAACUGUACAAUUUCUGUAAAUUUCGUACCUCGCAGGUCGCACCGCUUUCGUUCGACGGUGUUGUUCAGACACCGAACGAGGAGGGAAAGCUAUCAUUGGACUGUGGAUUUUAUGCAUUCGUCGCGACAGCGUUCACGUUAUCAAAUACAAAAAAAGAAGAAUAAGCUAUUAACGAAUUCACCGGCAGCCUCGGUUUAUGCUCGGACGCGGUGUAUAAAUUUCGAACGGAAUCUGUAAAAAUUCGAUUUUUUCGUUGAACUUUCUACAACGAUCGUUUACCGUACAAAUCUUUGCAUAAACAUCCGCAGUCGCACACUGUCAUUGUGAAUCGUGAAAUUCUCGCUGUGUAUUCUCCUCUGUUGUUCGUCGGACUGUCGUGUAUAGCAACGUUGUAUAAUUGUUGAAACAAAACCUAGGACAGUGUUAAGAGGCGACAAGAAAGAUAAUAAUGGGUCUUCUGUGUGCUUGGAUUUUCGUUGUUCUCCUUGCGUAUGCCAUCGACAAUACUUUGUUCGUAUAACGUGACUACGUGCUCUUGUCUCAGGUUCAACUGUCAUGAAUACACAGAGCUACUGGAAAAAAAGAGUAUAAAAAAAAGAUCAAUAAAAAGAGUUGUGAUUAUAA